AUGGCCAGUAUACAAAAUACGUUUGAUCUUCGGAAUCCUUACACAACCUCGAGCAUGAUCAAUACGCAGUCGAGUGUAUUCUCACAGCCUCCCAGUCAGCCACCCCAGUCGACUCCUCAGCCGAUACUUUCCGAGUCGGAUUACCAUGGCGGAGUCACAGAUUAUUCCAUUUCCUCAUUUUCCCGCAUGCCCUCCACCUACCCCCUGCAGCAACUCAUGCAGCAAUCCUCAAAAGCCGCCAACGAAAUGACUUUUCGGAAGCCCCCACCACAACCUGACUUUCUUUCGGACUUGUCUGGGUUCGUGGGAAACGGGGUAACGAGUGGAGAAUUCGUUAACUCCCCAUCUCUGCAAGCUGCGGCUGCUCUGGCCGUACAACAUCGCCCUCUUUACCGACCCUUCAACACAGAAGCCCCCUCUCCACCCCAGUCCGCUGGCAGACUUCGGAGUCCCCCAUUCAGCUCUGCUGGGAGUGUGCCAACCCGAAGUUGUAGUGAUAGUGAUCAGGCUCUUGGAGACUCAAAAUCAUUGGGUGCACUGUUGAGGGAGAUUGCGGGUGUUCCCACGCCGACAACAGUUUCGGCGGGAGCAGCUGCAAUGAACAGUCUGCGACAGGCUGGUGGAGGGCCUGGAAGGAUGAUUGACAUGCCAAGAUAUGAAAAUUCUGGAGUUCCAGGCUUCAGUGGUGUCGGCGAACAGUCCUUACUGGGACAGCAGCACCCCACGGAAGGAUUCUUGGAUACUCUUACUGGUGGAACACCUGGUCUUGGCGGACGUCUGCCACCACCUCCGCGUAGCCUAUUCCAGUCGUCCCCGAAUCCUGUUCCUCACCCUCAGACCGGCAUGAUGUCAGCAGUUCUUCCUCCUUCCACGUCCCACCCACCGCCACACUCCCACCAACAGUACUUUGGACCGCAGGCACCGCAACAGCAGUCCCAUGGCCCACCACCGCCGCCGGGCCUCUUUCAGACACCAAGAAUUGCAAACAGCGUUCAGGCGGCUGCCGCGGCGGCAGCUUUGGCCCUGGGGAAUGGCUCUACACCAAUGGCACCUAUACCAACUUCAUCAGACAGUAUGAAUCGGCUGGGUCCGCCACCUUGUUUCAUGCCAUCUUCGAUGAUGCCAAAUAAUGCGGACGAAGAUGACGCACCUCGUGGCAGGAAAAAGAGGAAGCCCUACACACGAUACCAGACAAUGGUACUAGAAAACGAAUAUCUUGUGGCAACGUACAUCACUCGACAAAAGCGGUGGGAGAUUUCCUGCAAACUGCAUCUAACGGAGCGACAGGUAAAAGUGUGGUUCCAAAACCGCCGGAUGAAAAGCAAGAAGCUGCAGGCCCGCGCACCAAACCUUAACAACGCCAACAGUAAACAAGACAGUGGAACUGACGAAGGACAUGGAGCAGGAGGCGACGGAGGAGGAGGAGGAGGUUCUCGAAGCGGCUGUCCCAGCACCGUCUCCAGCCUCGACUCGGGCGCGCCAUCACACCCCAACACCCUGCCGCCAUACAACGGGGCGUAUCCGGGUGCACCUCCACCCUUCCACUUCCCCUCCACCAUGAAAAUGGACUCAAAGAGCCCCGACCAGCAGUCCGAUGGGAAGGAAUCGGUCAACAACGACUACAACUCCCCCUCAAACGCGUCUCAACUCCCAACAAUAAACCCAUUCCAGCCAACCAAGCUGCAGCCACAGUCGUUUGACCCGUCCAGACGCUUCGAAAUGCCCUAUCCCGGAGGACUGCAUAUGCCGCCACCUCCACCACCAUUCAGUACAGCCGUGGUCUCGGGCAGUGGACCACCUUUCCAGCUGCCCCAUUUUUUGCAGCAUCCACCGCAACCACUGCCACCGCCAAGAACGAGAGACGUCUGA